UUGAGGUGAUUGCGUUGAAGGUUUCAUCAUCAAACGCGUACCGCGACAAAAUCAUGUCGCACCUUGAAAUCUCGUGGACGUCAUGGCCGGUACUUAUAAGAAUUUUAUGAAACUAUUGGAAUCGUGGCCGUUAGACAAAAGCAAAGCUGGCAGCGACUUGGGACAACACAUUCGUGACCAGUUGAAGAUUGCGUUUGUGAAGGGUGAAGCUGCUAGCCAACCGAAUCCGGAGCAGUGUGACCGAUAUUAUUCGAGUUUGAAAAGGAUUUCAUCCAAUUAUUAUGGGCAGCUUUAUAAACGUUCUUUAUUGAGCACUGCGAGUGGGUUGAACAGGGAGCAGUGUAAUUUGGCGUUGACGCCAGAAAUGUUAGAAUAUUUGAAGGAAGAGGAUAAAGGGUUCUUACGUAGGUUUUAUGGAACAAUAAGAAAUUUUGUAAGAAAUGAUAAGGAUUAGGAUUGUAUACUUUGCAAAUAGGUUUGGUACGAAUAGGCGUUUUGUUAAUAGAACACUAUUGCUAGCGAAGACUAACUCUCCAUCUUUAGUUAACGUGAGGCGAUUUAGUUUGAAAUACAAUGUCGCUGAUAGAAAUUUUCAUGUGCCCGUUAUGGCAAAAGAAGUGUUGGAUUAUAUGGCUCCAUCACCUGGCAAAAUAUAUAUAGAUAUGACGUUUGGUUCCGGUGGACAUACCAUGAAACUGUUAGAACAUUCACCCGAUAUAAAAAUAUUCGCGUUAGAUAGAGAUCCUUUAGCAUAUGAAUAUGCAAAAGAGCUAUCGCAGAGAUAUCCAGAACAAGUAGUUCCUUUAUUAGGUAAAUUCUCCGAGUUACCACAGUUACUUAAACAAUACAACGUUCAAGAAAAUAGUAUUGAUGGCAUUUUGUUCGAUUUUGGUUGCUCGUCAAUGCAAUUUGACAUAGCGAAUAGAGGUUUCUCCUUAUCGAAAGAUGGACCGUUAGAUAUGAGAAUGGACGGAUCUCGGUGUCCGGAGCAAGUUACUGCCGCGGUUGUGUUAGAGAAGGCGACCGAAGAGGAUUUGGCUCGUAUCAUAAAAGUUUAUGGGCAAGAGAAGCGUGCUAAGAAAAUCGCGCGUGCUAUUAUUGAAGCUAGAUACAUGUUUCGAAAAUUAGAAACGACGAAAGAACUGGCACAGUUGAUCGAGUCCACUCUGGGUGGUGAGAUCAGGAAGGAUAGUCUCGGUAGAUUUUCGCACAGUGCGACGAAAACGUUUCAGGCGCUUAGAAUUUUUGUCAAUAAUGAAUUAAAUGAAAUUAAUUACGGUAUGCUUCUCGCGCAAGUGUACUUGAAGCUAUCUGGCCGUUUAAUAACGAUCUCUUUUCACUCGCUCGAAGAUACUAUAGUCAAGAGGCAUAUUUCAGGAAAUAUAACAGAUAAUGUGGCCAAUACUGUAGCGUUAAAAUACGCGAAUUAUGGUAAGGUGUUUGAUAAGGACGAUAUCGAACAAUUGACGGAAACACCUUGGAAAAUGAUGCACAAGCAUGUUUUAACGCCUACGGCUGAAGAAAUUGAGGCAAAUCCGAGAUCGCGUUCGGCAAAAUUGCGUGCUAUCAUGAAGGUGAAAUAAAUAUCUUGUACGAUAUAUUAAAGUUUGUAAUCACACUUUUUUAUCAAUUUACAAACUUGUUGAGAUGAUAGAUGCGUAAUAUGUGUACGCGAUAUAUUUAUUUUAACAGAAUGUAUUGUUUUGUUGUAUGUAAAUAAUAAAGAAUGUAAACUUUUCUUGAAUACAAAAA